AUGAGUAACAACGACAACAAUACUUCAAGUUCCACGGAUACUAAAUUAUUACUGAAUAGAUCAAGAGUUAGUAGGGGUGGGAAACUGGGAAAUAGCGGGCCACGCUCAGGGUACAAGAAGAGAGACACCUCGGAUUCAUCAAGUUGUCAAUCACAGGAGGCAAACGACAUUCCUGAAUCACAGCAAUGCUUGAUUUGCGCAGAGCAUAUCAUUUAUGCAGCGUUGACACCAUGUAAUCAUACAACUUGUCACAAAUGUACAUUCCGUCAACGUGCUUUAUACGAGAAGAAUAAUUGUCUUAUAUGUCGAAGUGAGAAUGAUAAGAUCAUAAUUACGGAGCAGUUAGAUAAGGGAUAUGACGAUAUAAAGGUGACCGAUAUAGUAGCGUUUGAUGAAAAAUACCACGUUGGAUUCACCCAGGAGUAUGUUGAGCAAGAUACUCUUCGGUUGUUGGAAAAUGAAUGUCAAAUAUGUCAUGAGAUAUUCCCCAAUUUUAAAGAAUUAGGCGACCAUGCUAAGGAAGCCCACGGGAAAUACUAUUGUUUGAUCUGUUCUAGACAUAAAAAGGCAUUCAAAGUUGAACUCCCACUUUUCACAUACAAGCAAUUACAAAAGCAUCAAUCACAAGGAGAUACAACUGGAUUCAAGGGCCAUCCUGAAUGUAAACAUUGUCAAGGGAAACGGUUUUACUCAGAAGAUGAAUUACAUGUACAUAUUCGUGAUCGUCAUGAACGUUGUCACAUUUGUGAUCAAACUACUCCCAAGACUGCUGAUUAUUAUCGCAAUUAUGAUGCACUAUAUCAACAUUUCACAAGAGCACAUUAUGUAUGUACAGUUCCCUCAUGCGUUGAAAAACGAUUUGUUGUGUUUAGGGAUGACUUAGACUUAACGGCUCAUAUGUUGAAGGAGCAUGGUGGGUUAAAUAAUGGACAACGAGUAGUUAUUGGAUCCAAUUCAUAUCACCAGCAUAGUGGUCAUUUUAGUCAACUAUCUACUUUCAACAAUUCCCGUUGGCUUUCGUCAAAUGAAGAUCAGGAUGAAGAUCAACAAUCGCCUGAAAUUAAAAAGAGGCGUUUUGAGGAGAGGGCUAAACAUUACUUGAAUUAUAAUAAUGACAAGUAUAAGGAAUUCACAAGAGUGAAUGAUUUGUUUUCAAAAAAGAAAAUCAAUGCUAGUAAGUUAUUGGCUAUUUAUCAAAAGGAUUUAUUUAUUCACCAAUCAUUGGAAGAAUUGAAUUUCCUAUUUAAGGAAUUUCUUGAAUUUUUCCCUAAAACCAGUGACUUAUAUAAAGACUUGUUGUCGAUUAUAGUUGAAGAAAAUGAAACUAAUCCAACAGAACAGUUCCCAGUAUUGGGUGGAUCAAAUGCUGCCAAUGCAUUUACUUCAAAUGGAUGGUUAGGUGAAGCCGGUGGCUCAAGUAGAAAUAGUGGCGCAUCAACCCCGGUUGAUCGAUUCCCACCAUUGAAGAAACCGGAAAAGGUCAACUAUGUCAAUCCAAAUGAACAGCCAAUAAGAUAUUCAACCAUAAUAAAAAAGAACAAGCCCAAGACAGUGUCUGUUAAUAGAUCACCCAAUAUAAUGUCACCAGCUCCGUACUUGCCAAAUUACCUUGAUAGAGUUAACAAUACCAAAUCUGACACAUCAUUAGCAAGUGGAUCUAAAGCAGCUUCACAAUCAUUUAAGCCACCCACACUACACACUGGUAGAGCUACUUCACUAGAUGAUAAUAAAUUCCCUGCAUUGGAGAAGAAGCCUAUUAAAAAGGUGAUACCGCGUGUAUAUGAAGUCAAAGUAACUGAUCCAAGCUCAUGGGGUAAAAAUGGUACUACUACCAAUGACUCUGCUGCAGUUGUUAGCUCGGAUGACAACAGCGGUAUUGAAAUUGUCGACAAGAAGAAACAAAAGAUGAAGAAGAAGCAAGAUAGAAUUUUGUUUAGCAAUGCAUUUUGA